AAACACAUAUAUGCACCCGCUAUGCAUUUUGCAACAAAGACGGUGUUCAAAAAGCACGAAAUUUUCCAAGAGUUCCAUAUGAUGAAUUCAGUCUCGAUGCAACAUCUAGAGUUCACUAUGCCGGAAUCCACUGUUCCUUGUGCAUGGAUCAGGGUUGCCUUCAUUUCACGUAAUUAUUUCAAAGUCUAUGGAGAAUUGCUGCAAUCUUUUGGUUUGAAUUCAGAGGGAGAAGGGAGGAUUUCUCUCUCUCUUAGUAAGGGGGCAAUUUCAAUGGUGCAUGUGCAUGAAUACCCAGAUGUUGAAACCGUGGAGACCAUCCAUUUCAGUUUCUUCACAAGUGAUUUUUGGUUUUAUGAACAACUAAAAAGUGGAAGGAAAGUCAUUCUUAGGAGUGAGUCCCCAUAUGUUAUCCUGGACUCUGGUUGGGUACGCAUUCUAUCAAUUCAAGAGGAAUCAAACAUAGAAGCCAUCCAAAGGGAGUUCUUUGAAACUCUCAGGAUAGAGAAAGAGGUAGACUUUGGAACUGCCUUGGAAUCUGGUUGCGUUCGCAUGUUAUCAAUUCAAGAGGAAUCAAACAUAGAAGCCAUCCCGAGGGAGUUCUUUGAAACUCUCAUGAUAGAGAAAGCGGUAGACUUUGCAACUGCAGAAGAAACAGAGAAUGAAUUUUACUCAGCUUUAGUACGAAGGAGAAAGGAGGCGAGGAUUCAAGCUCAAAAUAUCACUAAGGCAGAAGAUGGUUUGUGUCCUAAACUGCAAAAUCUCCACUUAGCACUGAUUUCUGCAGAAGAUAUGAGAGAUUUCCAGGCUCUAGAUGUUGCAAAUUGCAGAAUCAUUCGAAGCCAUUUUCUAUUUUCACUUCAAAUCCAGGCUGAAAUUCUAGCACCAACAUACAAAAAUGCAAACACGUUUCCCUCAGGACUACAUAAUUGGAAUUGAUCAUCUAAACUUGCAAAUAAGCAAGGCUUGCAUGGAUGCAAUUGACAUAGUAGUCCGCUACUCUUACGCCCAAGGUCUUUGUUCAGUCAAUGUGCAGAGAGAGUUAUGAGGAUCACCCCGUAAAAUGCCAUGAAUUCUCUCUUCAUGGAUCAAACGAGCCUUCUAAUGAGUUGGACCUGAAGGCCACUGAGGAUCCAUACGUUGCCAAGGUUGCAAAACUUUUGAUGUCUCAUGUUGAUGAUGUUAAGUUAGGAGAGGAGAUUCUAGAGCACUGCAAGAUGAUGGCAGUCAUUGGCUAGAAAUUUGGAGAUCUUUGCUCAUGAUGGUGGUGGUAUUCGGUAUAAAAAAAGGUGAUUGAAAGGCUCCUUUUAUAGGUUUUGCUUAUUUGGAUUGCUUUUCUUUGUAUUCAUAAGUGAAAGGAAGAGAAAAGGGACAUCAUUGGUACACUUGAGUCAUUUAAAUUAUCCGACGAAUGCUUAGGUACAAACUGCGAUUGAUAUGGUUGAGGAUACUCUAUGAGGAAAGUAUCCAAUAAAAAUAGUGAUGUGCUAUAAAAUCUUGAGAAAAAUUUUCUCAUACUUUGUGCGGAUAAAUGACACAAUAUAGCUCUAUGAUUUACAUUUGACAGCUAUGGGUGUUUAUGACUUUUGUACAAGAUAAUAAGUAUAUAUUGUAUUGCAGUCCUUAUCUUUUUUAUACU